AUGCAUGGUGUUGCUGCAUCUUCUGAUCAUUUGCCUAUCAUACUUGUACCAAGCACUACUUAUAAUGAAUAUAGGAAUAAGCUCUUUAGAUUUGAGGCAAUGUGGGUGGAGGAUGAUGAAUGUGGUGAUGUUAUUUCAAGAUGCUGGCAAGGGACUAAUGAAAAUAGGCCUAUUGGUUCUAUUAUUGACAGACUGAGCAUCUGCAGUAGGGGACUGGAGGCAUGGAAUAAACAGAAGUUUGGGCAUGUGAAACAGCAAAUCAAAAGGGCUCAAGAGUCUCUUCAAAGCUUACAGUUAGCUGAACCAAGUAGUAUAUCAAGAGAAGAAAUGAUGAAGGCUCAGAAUCAACUUCCGGUUUGGUUAGAAAAGGAAGAGAUUCUUUGGAACCAAAGAGCCAAAGCAUUGUGGCUCAAAGGUGGUGACAGUCUGAGUGGAAGAGUAACUGAGGAUAUGAAUGUAGAGCUAUUAAAGGAUUUUACAAGUGAGGAAGUCAAAGCAGCUUUAAACCAGAUGCAUCCUACCAAAUCACCAGGACCUGAUGGCAAUGAAGUGACCUCUGCUGUCCUACAGGCCCUCAUAACUAGUACAAUUCCCUCAUCACUAAAUCUUACUUUUAUAACCUUGAUAUCAAAGAAGUGCAAGCCUAAAAUGAUUUCUAAAUUUAGGCCUAUUAGCCUUUGCAAUGUGGUGUACAAGUUAAUCUCUAAAGUUCUGGCAAAUAGGCUUAAACAAGUGCUUGAUGUGGUUAUUUCUACUUCACAAUGUGCUUUUGUUCCUAGUAGAAUUAUUUCAGAUAAUAUACUUAUAGCCUAUGAAGUGAUGCAUUACUUGAGACAAAGGAGAAAAGGAAAAGAGGGUUAUAUGUCCAUUAAGUUGGAUAUGAGAAAAGCUUAUGAUAGGGUGGAAUGGUCUUUUAUUGAGAGUGUAAUGUCUAGAAUGGGCUUUAAUACUCAAUGGAUUGAUCUUUUGAUGAUGUGUGUAAAAACUGUCUCUUUCUCAGUUUUGAUUAAUGGUGAGCCUAAAAGACCUAUAAUUCCUUCAAGAGGGCUUCGACAAGGGGACACCUUAUCCCCCUAUUUGUUCCUUCUUUGCAUAGAAGGUCUAAUAUCUUUACUCAAGAAGGCUGAAGGGAAUGGUGAGAUCACACCUAUAAGAAUCUGCAGAGGUGCUCCUAGACUAUCACAUUCACUUUUUGCUGAUGAUAGUAUUUUAUUAUGUAAGGCAAAUGUGUAUGAAAACCAAAGGAUUCAACAUCUUUUGCACUGUUAUGAGAUGGCUUCAGGUCAAAUGAUAAAUAGAGGUAAAACAGGCAUUAUUUUCAGUACAAACGUGAUCCCUGAAACAAGAAAUGAUAUCUUGGAGCUUUGGGGAGUGCAGAACAGCCAGCAGUUUGAGAAAUAUUUGGGGCUGCCACCUUUGAUUGUGCUUAGUCAAGAUGGGGAGGAUCUAAUCUAUUGGAAUAAAGAAGCAAAUGGUAUUUAUACUAUCAAAAGUGCUUAUAGGAUGUUUAAACCUUUAUGUUCAAACAGACAGAAUGGGGAAUCCUCUAAUGCUAUGUUGUUGAGAAGAGUGUGGAAAUCUAUAUGGAAUAUGAAGCUUCCUUCAAAGAAGUCAUAUAAGGAACUCAAGAGUAAACCUGUUUCAGUUAUCAGACAACAAUGCAGAUGGGAAUCCCCGCCUUCUGGCGUGUUUAAACUUAAUGUAGAUGGAGCUUUUUCCUCUAAUGGCUCAGUGGCUGGAACAGGAGCUAUUGUCAGAGAUUCUAAGGGAGAGGUAAUUAUGUCUGCUACAAAGAAAGAAGUUUCUAUCAUGAUUGUUGUUGAAGUUGAGGCUUUAGCUAUUCUUCGAGGACUACAGUUCUGCAUUCACCUUGGAAUUCAUAAUCUUAUAAUUGAAAGUGACUCAUUGUUGGUUGUUAGAGAGUUCAAUAUGCAAGGAUCUUCAAAGGCUACUUUUGGCAAUGUUAUUAGAGAGGCUAAGGAAUUGAUGACACGGUUUGGUAUCUGUGAAGUGCAACAUGUUAGUAGAAGCUACAAUAAAGCAGCACAUUCACUUGCCAAGUUUGGUUUAAGUGUGCAGAAUAUUAAUCUAUGGUGGGGAGCAUACCCUUCUGUAAUUUCUAAUAUUCUUUGGAGUGAUUCAAGUACUUUGUAA